AUGGCGCUCAAGCACCUACUCAACGACGACGAUGUCGACCAUUUCCACCACGAGAGGCAAAGCCCGUAUCUGAACUGGUGCCAGCAAGAUUCCUUGGAUCAGUUUACAGCAGCUCUACCAACUCAAUCCUGGGAUCAAUACGUAGACGAACUUCUUGGCUCACAAGACGCUCAAUGUGACCCACUACUGGAUGGAGUCGACAUAAAUGGCUCUUUUCAAGAGACGAGCGCCGAUAUUGAAGAAUGGACGACCGGGCAAGCGCAGCAUGAGUCCAUGGAAGAGCAAAAUCUAGCUGGGCAGGAACAUAUCUGUUAUGGCAUGAUCUUCAGGGCCGCUAUUCGCCUCCGAGGUGACAUGGCGGAGCUCCAUCGUAAGCUCAACAACAUUGCAUCAUCCCCGGUCACAGGCCAUGCGCGAAUGGUUGUCAUCAAACCCGAAGCCCAAUUCGUUGUCGCUUUUCCGGAAGGAUUUGUUAUAGGAGAUGUGAACGCGCAGUUAGACGGAGCUUUAACGAGCAUUGCAGAGCAAGGCUAUGAGAUCGAUCUGGAGGUCUUUGCUCCAACGGUGGUCAUCCAGGAGACUAUAGGUCGCGCCACGAAGGACAAAGAAGCCGUAGUAAGAGUACAGAUGAAUGUGUACGGUCCAUCGACAGCCGCUUGCGACAUCGGCAAGGAGUUGUCGCAGCAAAAGAUCUACCUGCAACGCCCUGUGUACAUACGAGAUGGUUAUCGAUACGAGAACCCCCACAUUCUCACCCUCCCUGGCUUCCAAGGCUCGACACCUGAGAUACCAACCAUCGCAGAAGAACCUUUACCUGACAAGGUCGGUCUGCAGACCUUGAGAAGCACCCUCCAAAACGUGUAUUCCUCUUUGACGCGAGAUCGCAACCUGCACGGGUUAGAGGGUGACGAGCGCCUCAACACCGAUCUUUUGUUGCACCAGAAGACAGCACUUUCUUUCAUGAUGCAGCGCGAAGACGGGCCCAUACCAGAGGAGUACACCCUCUGGAGGCCGAGCGAAGAAGAUGGAGUCCACUGCUAUCGUCAUGUUCUGACGAAAGGACGUUCCAUGGUUGAGCCUAAGGAAACCGGCGGUGGUAUCCUGGCAGACGAGAUGGGGAUGGGAAAGACUCUCUCUGUACUAGCCCUUGUACUACGGACGCUAAAUACUGCGCACGAUUGGGCUAUUCGCGUCGAUGAUUUGAACAAUGCGACUUCGGAAAUACCAAAGAAGAGACGCCGCUCUGGAGCGACCUUGAUCGUUGCAUCAUCAGACCUCAUGAUCAAUGAAUGGUUUCAGGAACUAGAUAAGACCAAGCACGAGUUGAGGCAUAUUGAAUGGUAUCGUCUCGUCAUUGAUGAAGCCCACAUUAUACGACGGCAAUCUACCAUCUUGUACCGCACUGUAGCUGACAUCGCGGCCCGAUCGAGGUGGUGUCUGACUGGCACGCCUAUACAAAACCGCCUGGAGGACAUCGGCUCCUUGUUCGCCUUCUUGAGAGUAAACCCGUUUCACAGCUUGUCAAACUUCCGGAAGACGAUUGCUAUACCUUUUGAUGAGGGCGGUAAGAGACGUACCAUUGCGAUUGAGCGCUUCACUCGCCUUCUGGACUCCAUGUGCUUGCGCAGAACCAAGGAUGUCCUGCAUUUGCCGGCUGAGCAGCACCGAGUGAGAGAGGUACCGUUCUCGACAGAAGAGCGAUUGCAAUACGAGCAGACCAAAGAGAUCAUGUUCCGAGCUGUUCGCAACCAGAAUGGCACAUUCGAUCAAAAGAGUACGCUGGGCAUGUUCCAGGUACAACUUCAACUACGGAUUCUCUGCAACCAUGGUACUUGGCAGCAACCUUUCUCCUGGAAUCGUCGCAAACUGCACUUACUGGACGAGAGGGAGGCUUUGGAGAUCUCACUAGGGCGAGACGGUGAGAUCACCUGCUCACGCAUCGACGGCGAAUGCUCCACGACCAAACGCGAACGUAUCUUGCAUCAAUUCACGGAGGACCCCAAUUUGCGAGUACUGAUCAUGACCACCGGCACCGGCGCCGUAGGACUCAAUCUUGCAACCGCAAACCGCGUCUUCAUUGUCGAGCCUCAGUGGAACCCUUCGGUCGAAAACCAAGCUGUGGCACGAGCCCUGCGCCUCGGACAGAAGCAAGCAGUAUUGGUCACACGUUACGUUGUGGAACAGACGGUGGAGCAGGACAUGCGCGCAUUGCAGGACACCAAACUGGAAAGAGCCAAUCUCAUUCAAAGUGGCUGA